GAAGAUGGCUGAGCAGGUGACCAAGUCGAUGCUGUUCUUGUGUCUGGGUAACAUCUGUCGAUCACCCAUCGCAGAAGCGGUUUUCAGGACACUUGUAACUGAUCAAAACAUUUCUGAUAACUGGAGGAUAGACAGUGCAGCGACAUCCACGUAUGAACUAGGAAACCCUCCUGAUUAUCGGGGGCAGGCUUGCAUGAAGAAGCAUGGUAUCCCCAUGAGUCACGUUGCCUGGCAGGUUACCAAAGAAGACUUUGCCACUUUUGAUUAUAUACUAUGUAUGGAUGAGAGCAAUCUGAGAGAUUUGAAUAGAAAAAGUAAUCAAGUUAAAAACUGCAGAGCGAAAAUCGAACUACUCGGGAGCUAUGAUCCACAAAAACAACUUAUCAUUGAAGAUCCCUAUUAUGGCAACGACGCGGACUUUGAGACCGUCUACCAGCAGCGCGUGUGGUGCUGCAGGGACUUCCUGGAGAAGGUCCGCUGACCAGGCCGUCCCGCUGUGGCCCAGGCUCGUCCCCCCAGGCCAUGUGCCAACUGUCAACAGUGUCCCUUCCGAGCCAAGGCUGCAGCCCUCCCUUCAGCUUACUCACUGUUUCUCACCUGACAAAAUAAUUGUAGAUGGAAAUCAGUCUUUGUGUU